UCCUCCCCUUCCCCUCCGCUGCCUCUGCCCGAGCCUUCCCAGCCUCCCCAAUCCCCAUGUUUCGGGGCGGGAGGCCUGGAAGCGAAAACCCGCUCGCCGGCACUUCAUCAUGUCCGAACUGACGAAAGAGCUGAUGGAGCUGGUGUGGGGCCCCAAGACCAGCCCCGGCCUCUCCGACACCAUCUUCUGCCGCUGGACUCAAGGCUUUGUGUUUAGUGAAUCAGAAGGUUCUGCAUUGGAACAAUUUGAAGGUGGCCCCUGUGCAGUUAUUGCUCCUGUUCAGGCAUUUCUUUUGAAGAAGCUGUUGUUUACUUCUGAAAAAUCUUCUUGGAGAGAAUGCCAAGAGGAAGAACGGAAGGAACUUCUUUGUCAUACCCUGUGUGAUAUUUUAGAAACUGCCUGCUCUGACAACUCUGGGUCUUACUGCUUGGCAGCGUGGAUAAGAGGAAAGACCACCGAGGACACUGCAAGUAUUUCUGAAGGCCCUGCAGAGUCUAGUUGUCAAGAGGAGCAUACUUCUGCCUUGGCUGUCGAAGAGCUUGGCUUUGAGCGGUUUCAUUCAUUAAUUCACAAAAGGUCAUUCAAAAGUUUUCCUGAACUAAAAGAAGCUAUUUGGGAUCAGUGUUCCAUGUGGACAAACAAAUUUGGAGUAUUGCUUUUUCUGUAUUCGGUGAUACUCACAAAGGGUAUUGAAAACAUAAAAAAUGAAAUUGAAGAUUCAACAGAACCUUUGAUAGAUCCUGUAUAUGGACAUGGCAGCCAAAGUUUAAUUAACCUUCUACUAACUGGGCAUGCUGUUUCUAAUGUAUGGGAUGGAGAUAGAGAGUGCUCAGGAAUGAAACUUCUUGGCAUACAUAAACAAGCAACUAUAGGCUUUUUAACAUUAAUGGAAUCUUUAAGGUAUUGUAAGGUUGGUUCUUACUUGAAAUCGCCAAAGUUCCCCAUUUGGAUUGUUGGCAGUGAAACUCACCUCACCGUCUUUUUUGCCAAGGAUAUGGCCUUAGUUGCCCCUGAAGCUCCUUCAGAGCAAGCCAGGAGGGUUUUUCAAACAUAUGAUCCUGAAGAUAAUGGAUUUAUACCUGAUACACUUCUAGAAGAUGUGAUGAAAGCUUUGGACCUUGUAUCAGAUCCUGAAUAUGUCAACCUCAUGAAGAACAAAUUAGACCCAGAAGGACUAGGAAUUAUCUUACUGGGUCCCUUUCUCCAGGAGUUCUUUCCUGAUCAGGAUUCCAGUGUGCCAGAGUCAUUUACCGUAUACCACUACAAUGGAUUAAAGCAGUCUAAUUAUAAUGAAAAGGUCAUGUAUGUUGAAGGUACAGCAGUCGUUAUGGGCUUUGAAGAUCCUAUGCUUCAGACAGAUGACACUCCAGUUAAACGCUGUCUCCAAACCAAGUGGCCAUAUAUAGAACUGCUCUGGACCACAGACCGUUCUCCCUCGCUAAACUGAUAAGCCCAAGUGUUUAUAAGGAAGAUGGUACAUGCAAAUACUUAUAGAAGGGUUGAAAAAAAUGGCAACUAGAUGUAAAAUAUUAUACUUUGGCUAAAUGAAGAUAUACACUGGGAUCAUUGAUAAAUUGUAAAUAAUUUUAAAACACUUUUUCAGUGUUUGGGAUAUAUUUAAUUUAUAUUUCUUUUUAAAUGUCUUCUGUUAAAGUUUAUCAUUUGGGGCCAUUGUGACAUUGACAAUAAAAAUUAAUUCUAAGCUUUAAAUAGAAUAUGUUUAUUUGCAGGCUAGGAUAAUUUGCCGUACCUUACAGACAAAUUAUAAAUGUCCAGUAAUGUAGCAUCUGCAUACUGGAUAUCAAAAUUGAAAACUAUAUUAUUACAUUACAGUACAUUAGAAAUUGAAAAACUUCACCUCUGCUUGCAUUUUUAAUUCAUCUGAGCAUGUCUUAAAUAAUACUGGCUUACAUCAUAUCAUAGCUCAGCCUCAGCACUAAAAUGCAUAAAAGUUUGGGUUUUUGUUGUUUCUUUUCUAAAAUCCCUUUUCAACUAAGUAGUCUGUACAAAUGUUGAUCAAAUGGUACACUUCAGAAAUAUUCCUAUGUAACAUAAAUCAUCAACUCUGUCUUUUGACAGUUGUCUGUUGCUUUGGCUUAAUUGCCUGGCAUGUUGAAAGGCAGAAAUUAAAGGGAUGAUGUAUUAAUUUAUUCAGAGAUAUAUGAGAGGAAUGUAAAAAUAAGUUUAACAGAAAGAUUCUGUUCUAUAAUUGUAACUGUUCGCUUUUAUUGUAUUGCCAAAUACUCUCCUGAAUUUGUCCCAACAACAAUGUAAGCCAGCUUUCUGGUAUAUUUGUAACUGUGUUAACUGCAUGAGAACAUCUGUUAUUACAUUAGUAUAUUACAUUAUUUAUUAUGAUCCUAGUUGAUGGCUCUAAAUAAACAAACUUUUUUCCUGAAA